AUGUUGCAGUUAUAUGACAUGGGCGGAAGUUUCUCUAUAGAGAGUAUCACACAGUUGGCGUUGAACAAUAUAAUUCUAGAAUCGUGGUAUUGUCCUCGUACGAUCUUGAGCGCCAGAAUGAACAACGCAGCCAAGCUAUACACGUUCUUGAGUAACCAUUGUCCGGCUCUCUCAAAACUAGUAUCCAUCAAGCAAGCAUCUACUUCGCAUGCUGGAUAUUUCAGAUGGAUUGAUGGAUUGAUGGAUCUUGAUUUGCGCGUAAAGUACGCCCCGGGUCUACGCGACCGACAAAAGCACCUGCAAAGAAUGUACUUUCGGCUACAAAUGAAAGACAUCAAAGGAGACGCGGACAUGAUUGCUGGAGACUUCAGUCGGUUUUUGAAUACGAAAGAAAGUGAUCCCUGGCCCACACCCGGAGAGGCAACUCUAAAAUACUGGAAAACUCGCAGGCCUGUAACGGCUCUGAUGUGCUUAAUCACUAAAGAUGAAAGUGGCAGGGAUAUUUAUUCAUGCACGCUCGAACAAAGUGGUACAUCACCCUGGCUUUGGGUGCCCACCUUGAACGUCAACAUUGCAUGCCAUCAGGACGGAACCCCUGUGCAUAAAUACAAAGGGCUGACUCAAAUGUUUGAUGGUGAACCGUGGUAG